CUGGCCACAUUGGCAGUGCCUUGGGUUGGAGUGCGCGACUGAAGCUGCAGAUCCUUCCUGCUCACUCCGGCCUGUCUCCGGCCCCGACAGCCCUUUGGUAGAGUCUGCAGUAACUCACGGCUGGGAAGACAGAGUCAAGGCCUUGCGUUUGAUCCUCCCACUCCACCUGAAGGUAGGCAAGAGCCCUCUGGGGAACAGGAUUCUGUCGUAGGAGGAGGCUGUGUCUUCUCUGAGACUUCAUCAGGACGUUUAAGCAGAGACUAAGGUGACCGAGCAAAUCCUGGAGCUGCUGGUUCUGCUGGGCCUUCUGACCCUGCAGCCUGGGGACUCCGGUAAAAUCGAAUCCUCAAGGAAGGGAUGACCAUGGAGAACUUGGCUCUCGUGAUUGAAGAGAGAGCUGCUCCCAGCAUACACACAUCUCAGGUCCAGUUCCACUGGCCCUUCUGGGCUGUGUUCCCCAUCUCUGGCCUGCCCAAGGAUUUGUUUUCAUGCCAUCGGAGAGCCUUUUCUCUCUUAGUUCGGUGGAUCAAGAUUGACAUUUUUAAAAGAAUUUUUUACUAAAGUAGUAAGAAAGAGUGAAAGGAAAUACAAUGACCUGCCCCUUGUGCCGCAGGAACAAAGGGGGUCUUCUCCCUGUGAGCUUGCAGCCUACUCAGAGCCCACAUCUUUGAAUGAUACUCUUCCUUUGUGUCGUCUCCCCCAGGCGGUAGCUUUGAGGAUGACUGUUGGAACCCAGGUGUGGCUCUUCCUUUUAUCCCCACUUAAUUUUCUCUCCUUGAAUUUGGCCAUUUGUUCUAGUGUGCCCAGGUCCUUUGGGGAUUCUGGUUCUUCGGUGUUAGUAGCAGCCCCUCUCGCUUGGUAUCGUCCAUCCAUCUGACAUAAAGCAUGCCACUCACGUCUCCAUCCAGAUCGUGGGUGCGCGUUUGCUGGAACAGACCAAGAAAGCAUUCAGGCAGAAAUUAGGUUUAGACCAAAAUCUUGCACCACCCUUAUGCUUCAGGAGACCCAAAAUGGGUGUGCAAAUGGAAUCCAGAAGAGCGCCCCAUCAGACCGCUUAGAAAAGAGCAAGGCCACGGAUCUCAUUUUGAUCCUCCCACCCCACCUGAAGGUGGGCAGGAGCCCUCUGGGGAACAGGAUUCUGUCGUCGGAGGAGGCUGUGUCUUCUCUGAGACUUCAUCAGGACGUUUGAGCGGGGACUGAAGUGAACCAGCCAACCCGGAGCUGCUGGUUCCGCUGGGCCUUCUGACCCUGCAGCCGGGGGAUACGGGACAGGGGCCUUUUGCAUCAACGCCGAGGGAAAGUUCUUGUCCGGAGGAGACAAGUAAUCACAAAAGAUAGACAAGUUAAAUUAGUUGUGGAAAUUGAGGCUUGGAUGACAAGUGUCUUGCUGACGGUCCUCUGGUCACUAGCAGAACCGGGCUAGAAUCCGGAUCUGCGGAGUCCUGGUUCUGGGCCCUUGCCACCACACCACCGCCUGUCUGAUCUUAAAGCUGAUCACUCAGAAGGCCUGCUGUGUGCCAGGACUGUGGACAGAGAGCUGUGAAUUCCACUGAUGGGUCCUGAUAAACUUGGAACCUGUUCCUGCUGGCGUGCUUCCCCCUCGAUCCCAGGACGCAGCUGGCUUCCCUGUUGACCGUGGGCUGUUUUCUAGGGAUUUCCGCCCUACAGCAUGUCCCUCAUGGCUCCUUUUUCUUCUGUAGCACGGUCUUUUCAAGACCCCGGCCUUCCCAGAGAAAGUGCAGACGAGGAGGAGGAAGAGGAAGGUGGCCUGGCCAGGUUCCAGGAACCAUUGACAUUCAAGGAUGUGGCUGUAGAAUUCACCCAGGAAGAAUGGGGCCAACUGAACUCUUCCCAGAAGAACCUAUUCAGGGAUGUGAUGUUGGAGAACUACAAGAACUUUGUCUACCUCGGGCUUCCAGUUUCCAUGCCAGCGGUGAUCCUACUGUUGGAACGUGGAGAGGUGCCAUGGAUGUCAGAGGGAGAAGUACCCAGAGGCAUUCAUUCAGAUUCUGUCAGUCAGGAGACUAUGUGUAAAACCAGGAACAUAGCUCCAAAGAAAGCCAUUUUCAUGGGAAUGUCAUCUAAACAAAAAAUGGCCGGGGCUGGUGGUAGUUGGAAUUCCAGAAUGGGAAAAGUUUGGAAACAUGAUAUAAUGUUAGAGAAUCAGAAAGACAAACAGGAGAGACAAUCCAAACAAGUAACAAUUGCUCCCAGAAAAACUCUGAAUGAGGCAAGUGUCCUUGAAUAUAAUACAUUUGGGAGAAGCUUUCAACUUGGGUCAAUCCUUGUUCCACAACAGAGAGUUCAUACAGGAAGAAGUCUUCAUAAUUAUGAUAUCCUUGGGAAGAGCAUUAAAGAAUUUUCAGAUCUAAUUAAAUGUAACAAAACCAUCUUAGGGAAGAAUCUUUCUAAGCCUCUUAGUUACCACUCAGGUCUUAUUCAAUAUCAGAUGAUUAAUACUAAAGAGAAACCUUUUGCUUAUAGUGAAUAUGGGAAAGCUUUCAACCAGAAUAUACACCUUAAUAAAACAGUUCAUGCUGGAGAGAAACGCUUUGAAUGUAAUGAAUGUGGGAAAACCUUCAGCAACAAUUCAUGCCUUACUCUUCAUCAGAGAAUUCAUACUGGAGAAAAACCCUUUGAAUGUAAUGAAUGUGGAAAAGCAUUUAGCCAGAAAUCAAACCUUACUCUACAUAAGAGAAUUCAUACUGGAGAGAAACCCUUUGAGUGUAAUGAAUGUGGGAAAACUUUUAGCCAGAAAGGACACCUUAUUGAACAUCAGAGGAUUCAUGCUGGAGAAAAACCUUAUAAAUGUAAUGACUGUGGGAAAACCUUCAGCCAGAGAGGAAACCUUAAUGAACAUAAAAGAAUUCAUACUGGAGAAAAACCCUUUGAAUGUAACGAAUGUGGGAAAGCCUUCAGCCAGAGGGGCCACCUUACUGAACAUCAAAUAAUGCAUGAUGGUGAUAAGCCCUAUAAAUGUAAUGAAUGUGGGAAAGAGUUCAGCCAUAGGACAUCCUUUAUUUAUCAUCAGAGAAUUCAUACAGGAGAAAAGCCCUAUGAGUGUAGUGAAUGUGGGAAAACCUUUAGCAAGAACUCAAAUCUUACUCUCCAUCAGAGAAUUCAUACUGGAGAGAAACCUUAUAAAUGUAAUGAAUGUGGAAAAGCUUUCAGUCAGAGAGGACAUUUUAAUGAACAUCAGAGAAUUCAUGCUGGAAAGAAACCCUAUAAAUGUGGUGAGUGUGGAAAAGCCUUUAGUAAAAACUCUAACCUUACUCUACAUCAGAGAAUUCAUACUGGAGAGAAACCUUAUGAAUGUAGUGAGUGUGGGAAAGCCUUCAGCAAGAAGGGUCACCUUACUGAACAUCAGAGAAUUCAUGCUGGAGAAAAACCCUACAAGUGUAAUGAAUGUGGGAGAGCCUUCAGCCACAAAACAACCUUUAUUAAUCAUCAGAGAAUUCAUACUGGAGAGAAACCCUACGAAUGUAAUGAAUGUGGAAAAGCUUUCAGCCAGAGAGGAAACCUUACUGAACAUAAGAGGAUUCACACUGGAGAGAAAUGCUUUGAGUGCAGUGAAUGUGGGAAAGCCUUCACUCAUGGGUCGUCUUUCAUUCAUCAUCAGAGACUUCAUAAUGGAGAGAGACUACACAAAAGAAAUGAAUGUAGAAUGUAGCGAAAGGAUGGCUGAAUUCGGAGUCAAAAGAUGUGGGUUCAGAUUCUGACUCUGCUACUGGCUACCUGUGACACUUGGGCAAAUAUCGACCAUUCUGGGGUUUACUUCUUCUAUAAAAGAGGGUUGGAUUGGGGGUUUUGGUUUUGUUUUUUGUUUGUUUGUGUUUUACAGUCCCCACAAGAGGUGUUGUAGAUAACCACUAUGAUUCAUUGCAGACAUUUAUCUAUGAUACUGUUAGUGUGGGGAAAAAACCAUCAGGCCAAGGAAAAAGAAAUCCCGUGAAUGCAAUGAAUUUAGGAAGAAUUUCAGCAUGCUUAACCUUUAACAAGCAUUAGGUAAUUCAUACUACAGAUAAGCCCUAUCAAUGCAGUGACAAAGGGAAGAUUUUUGAAGUGUAGGUCGUUCUUCAUGAGACACGUCGAGAUUUUUAAUAAAAUCUGUUUAAUAGCUGACUUACAGGGUUUUAAAGCUUGUAAUGCACUUUACAUACAUUAUUUCAUUUGAGCUUCAAAACAAACCUGGGAGGCAGCUACUCUAGAUAUUCUUGUAUUAUAAAUGAGAAAGCUGAGACACAGAGAUUAAAUAACUUAUUUGCCUAUCAUUGCAAAGCAAUAAAGGGGGAGGAUUUGAAUCCACGUCUUCCGAACUCCAGGUUUAACAUUUGCCACUACCAUUUGUUGCCUCUCUAGUAAACCCGCUCAAAUGCUAUUUAACAAAAUAAACUUCAGAAACUUCUUAUUGCAAAUAAAAGAUGAUAGAGAAAUGAGCUAAGGUGACUUUCUUGCCUCAAAUUGGGUAAUGUUUAAAAUGGAGACUGCCUGUCUGAAUUCAGACUGUUCACCUAGGAGAAUCUUUUUUUGGGGAAAGCAAUCUGAAAGCUCACAUGAAAAAUUAAGAAAAGAAUCCUACCUUUGAGUCAUAAUUCUGUGGUUGGGAAUAUACCUUAAAAAUGUUAUCUAAAAUUGUCAAAGAUUUUCAUAGAAAGAUUAUUUUAAAUUGUUAAAAAAAAAAAUGGAAGCAGCCUAAAGUUCACCAACAGGGAAGCGGUUAAAUCCAUUCUGUUACAUUCAUGUAGUGAAAUAUGAUGAUGUUAUUAAGCCUGACAAGUAUGAGCAAAAUAGAGAAAUCCGAAAAGACCUUUAUGAAGUAAGUGAAACUGUAAAAAAUAGAACCAGAAAAAUGGAGUACACUUAAACUAUGUAAAAAGAAUGGACAGUGAGAGUCCUGAGGGAGACCUAGAGAAUGACUGGAAAGUUAGGACCUUCUUUGCAUUGAAAUUCAUUUAAAUGUAAAUAGUUGCAAAACAAA